CGGAGCCAUAUUGUAGCUGUGGCGGGAGCGGUGUCGCCGUUGCUGCCGUUGGGGCCUACUCGGACUUCAAGAUGGCAGGCAGAGAGUUCCUGGACUCGAGCUCUCCCCAGAACCUCCUGUACAUGGAAAAGUUAAAGCACGCGGAUCUUAUGGCCAAGUUGUUUGAGGGGCUUCCCAAAGCAGAUCAGAACCUUGUUAAUCAUGGAGCCUACUUCCUUGCAGCAAAUUCAAGCUUAUGUGGCUUAGCAGCAAAUAACUUCUUCAGACAGACCCUGAACGUCACAAAGGCAGCCUUUGCGUCUUCCUUGCCMAUGGCCGUUAUACCAUUUUUAUCAACAGCAGCAAUUUAUGACAUUUUCCUGCGUCAGCCUUUAUUUUUAGGUGACCUAGACUGCCAGGCCUGUGCUGUGGUCAGAGGAGGAUUAAUAGGGGCUGUUGUGGGUGGUCUCUAUCCUUUUUUUAUGGCUCUUCCUGUGAACGCAAGCCUUGCAGCCAGGUAUUCUUCAGCUCCUUUGCCAGGGAAAGAGAAUCUGUUACGCUUUUGGCACCGAGCUUCUCAACCUGUCUUUAGAAAGAUGAGUUUUGGUAUAUUAAUACAGACUCUAACUGGAAUUUACCUUGCCACUAAAUAUCAUGGAAUAUAUUUCAAAAUGCUGGAGCAGAUAAAACCUAAGAAGGAUCCUGAAGAGCUGGAAGCCUGAAAUUGAACMAAAAAAACUUCCCAAUUGCCUUGGGCAGGUAACCAUAAUAAACAAAGAAAGAAGUUGCUGCU